AUAUGGUUCGAGGUGAACGUGUUUUUGUGUUAUUUUAUAUAUUUUGUAUUAUUUUACAGGCUGCAGAGUUUUCACAAUAAACUGCUCUGUGGAAAUAAAGCGAAUGAACUCAAAGCUCCACCUGAGCUGAGAUGUCUGAGGUCAUUUGCAGCACUCAUAUACGAUACUGUUCUUGCACAAAAGAAAAAAAAAAAUUCAGAAGACAGAAACAAAGAAAGAGUGAGAACCUUUUACAUGCACGUGUUCCACGAGACUGCAAGCCUCCGUAUCAGCGCUUCAUACAUGCGCAUAGACGGCUUUUCUGUCAUCUGUUCUUGUUUCUUCAAGCGCGUGUCUGUGUGUCUACGGACAAAUUAUUUGUAAUAUUAAUUUGAUAAUAAUAAUAGCCUAAUAAUAAUAAUAAUAAUUUAAUACAUUAAUGGGAAAACGAGCCAAAUAUCGUCAAAGGCUACAGCUAUUGGCGAUCACUCUGACCAUCGUCGAUCCCCGAGAUCAUCAUCUGUCGGCACAACCCUAAUGUUCAUUUCUCUCUAUAAAUUCACAAAAUGUUCAGACAGUCUCCUUGCUGGGUUUUCCAACACAUUCAGAAUCAUUACCGCUUUUGCCGGUGUCACUGCGCUUGCGCUUGUAAAAUGUAUAUUACUGUUUAGCAUUUCUCUGUAAUGUAGAACAGUGUUAGCAAUGUUAUUUUUAACAUUCUCAGCCCUGGAACUAAAACCAUUUUCUGAUGCCCCCCACCCCCCAAAAAAUAUAUUUAAAUAAUUAAAUUAAUAUCAUAAACGUGCGAAUAGUCGACUAAUGGCUUAAAUUAAUGCUUACUAGUCGACUAGGAAAAUCUUUGGUCGGGGGCAGCCCUACUGGUGAUUCACUGUUUGUAUUUCUCAUUGAUACACUUUGAUGAAAUCAUUGAUGAUAAUUACAUUCUCAAUAUAUAGUAAUAAAAAAAUACAGACACAAUUUAUUUUUAUUAUUAUUAUUACAAUCAGUAUAAAGGCAGUAUAACGAAUACUACAAAUAUGUAUAAAUACAUCUUACAUUUUUAUUAAAAUUUAAAUAAUAUAUCAGUGUAAAUAUUAACAUUUAAAUAAUUUAUAAUUGUUUUUCACAAUUGUGAAAAUGUGUUUUCAUUUUCCUGAAAAUUCCUGAAUUAUGCUAAAUAUAAUUUUGUAUAAUAUCUGUUUUUUUUCCCAUUUGCUUUUGGGCUGAAUAUGACCUGGGCAUGUUCUUGAUAGGAUUCGUGAGAUUCACAGGUUUCUAGGUUUUAACUGGCCAAGCUCUAGAAAUUCUUUUUUAAAUGUCUUUGCACAUUAUCCCCUUAAAGUGAAUGCUAUGGACUCUUAGGCCAUUGUCUAAAAUUAUAAUUUCUUUCUAUAUUGAUAUUUUAUCCAAUAAUUUUCUAGAAGGAUUUACUUUUGGACAUAUUCUGUGCUUUCACUUUUAGAAGGAUGAGACAAGAAGUAAAAUGUUACCGGAUGCUUUGUAGUUAAUUUAGCCUUGCUUUGGAAUUGUAAACGCAGUAGUGAUGUUUAUGGCUUCUGGCACUCGAGAGGCUAAGAGAACGUGUGUGUGUAUCGUUCAUGUAUAAAUGAGAACAAUAUAAUUUGAUAGUUGUUUCAGAGUUUUUGCACAAUUGGUCUUGAUGUUUCAGUCCAUCAAAAAGAGGAGCAGUUGAUUGAGUUUUGUCAUAGUAUAAUACAGUAUGAUCCUGAUUUCAGUUGGCCUCUGUCUGUUUUGGAACUGUAUUGUAAAUUUGUAUGUUUUUGAGACUUUUGUCACUGCAGAACAAAAAUAGGCAUUUUCCAAUCAGUUGGCAUUUUCAAACAGGUAUGGGUGUUUUUCAACCGCUUUAGAGGAUUUUCCUACUACAUUGAGAUUCCCUACUUUCAUCGGAUGGUUUAGAAAUGCUCAUCCUGGUUUUGAGACGCCCACUGAUUUCUACAUUGAGAUUCCCUAAUUUCAUUGGAUAGUUGAAAAACGCCUAUCCCGAUUUGAAAACUCCCACAGAUUGAGAAACGCCCAUUAUUGUUCCGCAGAGACCUAUACUUAAUGAUUUUAAACAGAUUGGAGCAUGUACCUCCAACCUUGGCUGUGCUGUAAGAUUGUUUGCACCUGUUUUAUUAUAAUGGAACUGUGAAACUUCUCUUUUAUAGACGUUCAGUAUUUUACUUGCUGCUAAAGAGCUUUUUCCUGCAUUUAAGAUUGAUCACUUUGGGUUUUUGGAGAAUGGCACAUUCAAGCAGCGUUACCUUCUCAAUGACCAACACUGGCACAAGGAAGGAGGCCCAAUUCUGUUUUACACAGGCAAUGAAGGAGACAUCACCUGGUUCUGUAACAACACUGGUUUCAUGUGGGAUGUAGCAGAGCAGCUGGAAGCCAUGUUGGUUUUUGCUGAACAUCGCUACUAUGGAGAGUCCAUGCCGUUUGGAGAGGAGUCUUACAGUAAUGCAAAGUAUCUGAACUACCUGACCUCAGAACAGGCUCUAGCUGACUUUGCAGUCCUUAUCAAAGCUCUGAAGAAAACCCUACCUGGAGCUCAGAAGAGUUCAGUCAUCGCCAUUGGUGGUUCUUACGGUGGGAUGCUGGCUGCCUGGCUGAGGAUGAAAUACCCCAGUGCAGUUAUAGGUGCUCUUGCUGCAUCUGCUCCCAUCUUGCAGUUCAUUGUGCCAUGUGGAGAUUUUUAUAAAGUGGUCACCCAUGACUUCACCAUCAGUGGUGCCGACUGCAGCAGCAACAUUAGGAGGUCAUGGGCAGCUUUUGACAAUGUCUCUGCAACAGUUGAGGGUCUGCAGUGGCUGUCUCAGGAGUUUGGGCUCUGUGCUCCUUUAAAGACUCUAGAGGAGGUAUACGGAUUCAAGGCUUGGCUUCAGGAAACUUGGGUGAACUUAGCCAUGGUGGAUUAUCCAUAUGAAGCCAGCUUCCUCCAGCCACUCCCAGCCUGGCCUGUUAAGGAGGUCUGCACUCAUCUUCGGUUUGGUAGCAGUGUAUCAGACAAACAGCUGUUGCAUGGAAUCUCGCAGGCCGUAAGAGUGUACUACAACUACUCAGGAGAUGCUCUUUGUCUCAACACAUCUCAAACCGCUACUGGAAAUCUGGGCUUCCUGGGUUGGUUCUACCAGUCCUGUACAGAGAUGGUGAUGCCAAUGUGCACAGAUGGCAUAAACGACAUGUUUGAGCCACAGCCAUGGAACUUUCAGGCUUUCUCUGAUGAGUGCUUCGCCCAGUUUGGAGUGCGACCACGGGAGGACUGGAUAGAAAUUGUGUAUGGUGGAAGGAACAUAAGUGCUCACAGUAAUAUCAUAUUCAGUAAUGGAGAUCGUGACCCUUGGGUGAGUGGUGGAGUGACUAAGAGCCUAUCUGAAUCUCUGGUGGCCAUUAUGAUUGAUGGAGGAGCUCAUCACCUCGAUCUGCGUUUCAACAACGAGUACGACCCACAUUCAGUCAUCAAAGCAAGGGCCCUGGAAGUACAGUACUUUAAACAGUGGAUCAAACAGGCAGAAAGUACACAAUGACCAUUAUGGAAGGAUCAUACAUACCCUGUUAAAUAUACUAUUUUAUUCCAGGUUAAAAAAAAAAGUUGUCCCUACUUUUCUUAAAAAAAAACAAAACUAAAAAAUCAAGGUCACAGUGAGGCACUUACAAUGGAAGUGUAUAGGGUUAAUCUUUGGAGGGUUUGAAAUCAGAAAUGUGAAGCUUAUAAUUUUAUAAAAGCAUGUACAUUAAUUACUCUGUUAAAACUUGUGUAUUAUUUGAGCUGUGAAGUUGUUUAAAUAGUCGUAUUAGGUUUUAGAGUUUAUGGCUUUAUGCUGUCAUGGCAACAAAGUGAAGAAAUUUGACAUAAUUUUACACAGAAAAGGUUAGUGAGCCGUUUUAUCACAAUAAAGUCCUGUUAGCCCGCAUAUUGUUUACAUCUUGUAACAGUACUUUUGAAAUAAUGAGUAUUUUAAUGUUUACGGAUUGGCCCAAUUCAUUUCCAUUGUAAAUGCCUAACUGUAACCCAGAUUUUUUUUUUUUGUUUUUUUGGUAAUCAACAUUAUUCGACAAAUGUUGACGAUUGAGAUGAACAUGUAUCGAAUCCAGAAUAUUUCUUUAAACCAACCUAAGCUGCUCCGACUGGUCUGGUUUGCUGAUUUAAGAGGGGUUUUGGGCACUUGUCAGCUGACCAGGUUGAGAAACCAGCUGGCUGACCAGCUGAAAAUCAGCUUGGCCAGCUAAAAUUAGCAAACCAGCUUGGUUUGAUUUAAAUGGGUGGUCACACUUGGCUUUGAGUGGCCAGCUAAGAUCAGCAAACCAGCUUGGUUUGGUUUAAAGGGGCAGUCACACAAGGCUUUGAGCACACAGAUUCAUUUUCUGACAAUGCUACAAUCUAGCAUAUGAUGUUGCUGGAGGGCUUCUGGUGAAAGUAAAUAAUACAUCACAAUUAACAAGUAACAUUAUAUCAAAAACGUUGACGUUUCUAUCUUUUAUUGGUCACGCGUCAUCGUAAUAAUUCUCGGUUCAGAGUUCACCAAGCUUGAACUUUAGUACGCAGCGUCGUACGAAAUUUCUUCUUAUGAGCUUGCAUUUCCUUCCUCGUAUGCAUUUGAAUGGGAGUGAAUGGAGCAAAAAAUGUAGUGUGACUGCCCCUUAUGAUGUUUUUUUUAGCAGGGUACUUAAGGGAAAAUGGACAGAUGGUUCAAAGAUAAGAAACCUCAAACAUCUCUGCAAGUGCUAAUUGCUGUGUGCCAAAGUUAGUUGUCUUUACGUUGGUACUUAAAAUGAAAUGUCUGUAUUUCACUUUUUUUGGGGGGGAUGGGGGUUAAGUGUUCUUCAGGCUUUUACAUGAAUUAUGCAAAUCAAAAAUGUUGAUCCACAAUAAGUUAAAAUUUUAAUGUUUGAAUCCACAGUAAGUUUUAAUUUUUAAAUUGGGGAUUGAUUGAAGAAUUUAGAGAAUACCAAAUGUAAAAACACUCAAGGUAAGGACUUUGCCAAAUAUUUGCCAAAGUCUCAAAGUUAAAUUUUAGCGAUAUUAAUAGAAUGAAUUUUUCUGCCAACCAAGAUUUGUAAUUAAUGUAUGCUACAUUUUAGUAGUAAUAGUUCACCACAAAAUAAAUAUUUUGUCAUUUACUCACCCUCAUGUUGUUCCAAAUAUGUAUGACAUACUUUCGUAUGUUUUCGGAGUGGUGGUGGCGUAGUGGGCUAAAGCACAUAACUGGUAAUCAGGUUGCUGGUUCAAUCCCCACAGCCAUCACCAUUGUGUCCUUGAGCAAGGCACUUAACUCCAGGUUGCUCCAGGGGGAUUGUCCCUGUAAUAAGAGCACUGUAAAUCGCUUUGGAUUAAAGCAUCUUCCAAAUGCAUAAA